UUUUUGGAUUCUAGCGGUGAAUGACAAUAAAACUGAGCUCGCACACACACACACACAAAAAACCCCGAAACCGCUCAAAUAAAAUCAAAUAAACCCGGUUUAUCUUCAUGGAGGCGGCGGUUAACCCGUCUAUUGACAGCAGGUCUGUCAUGACGGGUGCCAUGGAGUCAAGCGCAGCCAAUCCGGGCAAACGCAUCCGCAAACCCUCUCUACUCUACGAGGGCUUCGAGGGCCCCGGCCUCCCGCUCGCACCCACGCCUGUAGCGGGGCCGCUGCCCUCGCAGCACCUCCCGGUGAAGGACCCGAGCCGCCAGGGCCGCGUCACCAACCAGCUGCAGUACCUCCAGAAGGUGAUGACGAAGGCUCUGUGGCGUCACCACUUCGCCUGGCCUUUUCACGAGCCUGUGGACGCCAUUCGCCUCAACCUGCCCGACUACCACAAGAUCAUCAAGCAGCCCAUGGACAUGGGCACCAUCAAGAAACGGCUGGAGAACAACUACUACCGCAGCGCUAGUGAGUGCAUCCAGGACUUCAACACCAUGUUCACCAACUGCUACAUCUACAACAAGCCCACUGAUGACAUCGUGCUGAUGGCCCAGUCUCUGGAGAAGGUCUUUCUGCAGAAGGUGGCUCAGAUGCCCCAAGAGGAGAUCGAGUUGCCCCCUCCUGCACCCAGGGGCCGAGCAGUCAAGACUGCCAAAUCCCGACGGGGAAGAGGAGGUGGUCUGAGUAUAGCUCACCAGGUCCCGGCUGUGUCCCAAUCCGCCUACUCACCCUCUUCUCCCGACACUCCGGACUCGAGGUUUUCCGGCUCUCCUCACAUGAUGCUCAGUAAACCCGGACCUCCUCCACCACCACCUCCUCCCCCUCCCCCUCUCAUGACUCUGCCCCCCACACAGCCCACCGCUAAGAAGAAAGGUGUGAAGCGUAAAGCGGACACCACCACCCCGAGCACUACCGGUUUCCCCGUGCCCCCCGCAGGCCGAGCUAUGGGUAUGGGUAAGGGUCGUGGUGCUCUGUCGCUCUCGCCUGUACCCAGCCUGACGUGCGGCAUGGGCGUGGGCGAGCCCGUGCACCUGCAGCCCGUCAUGGGCAGAUCCGUGCCGCGACGUCCCAUCAAACCCCCACGCAAAGACCUGCCUGAGCUGGCGAGGCCGAAAAGUGCACCGCGGCACCGCACCAAACUGAGCGGCCAGCUGCGCUACUGCAGCUCCAUCCUGAAAGAGCUGCUGAGUAAGAAGCACACAGCCUACGCCUGGCCCUUCUACAAACCCGUCGACGCGUCGCUGCUCGGCCUGCACGACUACCACCUCAUCAUCAAACACCCCAUGGACCUCAGCACCAUCAAGAGGAAGAUGGAUGAGCGGGAGUACAGGGACGCUCAGGAGUUUAGCGCUGACGUGAGGCUCAUGUUCUCCAACUGCUAUAAGUACAAUCCACCUGAGCACGACGUGGUGGCCAUGGCACGCAGACUGCAGGAUGUGUUCGAGUUCCGUUUCGCAAAGAUGCCGGAUGAGGUCCUGGAGGACGAGGAGGAGGAAGAAGGCUUGGCGCCGACCUCUCUGGGUCAUAACGUAGGCAUUAUGGGAUUGCAACACUCCUCCUCAUCUUCGUCAUCCUCUUCAUCUUCAUCGUCCUCGUCGUCACCUUCGUCGUCUUCGGAAAGCGAGCCGAGCAGCGACAGCGAGCCGAGCAGCGAGAGCAGCCCGAGCUCAGACAGCGAGGAGGAGAGAGCGCAGCGCCUGGCCCAGCUACAGGACCAAGUGUGCACUCAGCUGCGGGCGGUGCACGAGCAGUUAGCCGCGCUCUCGUCCGGCCCCAUCAUCAAACCCAAGAAGAAGCGAGAGAAGAAGAAGGACAAAAAGAAGAAGAAGAAGCCGGAGAAACGCAAAGGCGGCCGUAGCAACGAGAGGGAGAGAGAGAAAGUAACCAAAGUGACCAAGAACAAAUCCAGCAAGAUGGCGUCCAUGUCCACUCAGAGCAAGAAAGCUCCUGCCAAGAAGAACAGCAAGAGCAACAAGACGACUAAGAAGUCUUUGGCGGCCGCGGCGCGUUUUUCGGCUCCCGCCCCGCCGAUGGCGCAGUACGACUCGGAGGAGGAAGAAGACGGUCUGCCGAUGAGCUAUGACGCCAAGCGGCAGCUCAGCCUCGACAUCAACAAGCUGCCGGGAGACAAGCUGGGCCGCGUCGUGCACAUCAUCCAGUCCCGUGAGCCCUCGCUGCGUGACACCAACCCCGAGGAGAUCGAGAUCGACUUCGAGACGCUCAAACCGUCUACGCUGCGUGAACUCGAGAGCUACGUCACCAGCUGCCUGCGCAAAAAGCCACGGAAACCUUACGUGAUGAAGCCGGUCGGUGGGAAGUCUCGCGAGGAGCUGGCUUUGGAGAAGAGAAGGGAGCUGGAGAGAAGGCUGCAGGAUGUUAGCGGCCAACUCAACUCCGUCAAAAAGCCCCAGAAACCCAAAGCGGAGAAGGCCAGCGUGAGCGCAGAGCCACACUCCAUGCCCGCUCGUCUCAGCGCCUCCAGCUCCAGCUCCGACUCCUCUUCUUCGUCCUCCGACUCCUCUUCCUCAGACACCAGUGACUCUGACUCCAGGUGAUCGUGCGGGUUAACGAGAGCACCGCGACAUGACGUGACGUGACGUGACAUGACAUGACGGCGUGUCCGGAAAUCCCUGCAGGAAGAAUUUCUGGAAGGAUUGGGGCUGCGUGGAUGAUCCGGAAAGACAAGGAGAAAAGAAAGGGAGAAAAAAAUAGUUUAUAUAUUAAAAAAAAAAAGUCAAGCUGUAUCAUCUCUUGGACACAUUUCCAUGUGCAACGACAGAUUCCUAAAAGCGUGUUUUGAGACGUGUUUGUUAAUGAUGUACAGACUGUGUUGGAUUAAUUUUUCUUUCAUAAAGAAGACUUUUAUAAACGUGCCCAUAGUGGGAGGUCAUGUGGACAUAGAAACCGCGCCGGAGUCGAGUCGGUCAUUAUACGAGUUUCUUUCAUUCGUUGUGGAUUUAGAGCUCGGUUUGAAAUUGUUUAGCUUAAACCACAACCUUUGACGCCGACCUUAAUGUUUUAAACUUGCGCCUGCCUUAAUUUGAAGCAAGCAGAGCAAAUUAACUCGUUUAUUUCAGAGAGAAUAUUAGAGUGGACGUUUCGUCGUGCUUUAAAAUUCAAUCCGGAAGCCAAAUUUUUCACAAAACAAAAAAUGUUUGAAGAUGAAAGAAAGAGAAGUCGUGUUGAGGGUGCUGCUCGAGUUCCUGGAAUGUUUAGCCAAAGGGAGGAAUAUCCAUCGUAAAACUUGUAUCGCUAGUACUCAAGGUUACUCAGUGCGAUUUAUUCCAGUGACCAGUAAUGUGUUUAAAAAUUAUUAGUUAAAGGUGUAAUCAGUGAUUUUUUUUUUUUUUUAGGUCGAAGUUAUAUAUGUCUUUAAAACUCAGUUCAGGGCUCUGGAGAAAACGCUGAAGGCUUUAUUAUUAAAGUUUGAGCGAGUUUUUUGACGCCUAGCUUCGGAUUCCUCGCGCACAAAUCGGUGGUCCACAUCUUUUCCCACAAAACGUGCCGAGAAUGUGUUUUGGACUUGAGUCACUGACCGCACCUUUAAUUUCCACUUUUUUCUUUGUUUGUUCAUUUUAAUGUUUUUACAUCAUCAAAUACAGGUUUUUGAACGUCUCAAGCUGAAGUGUGUGAUAUUUGUCCCAUUCUCUUACCUGGACUUGCUGACGAGGCCGAUACUGAUACCGAGUGCACGCGAAUAACAAUCCACGGUGUUCCUGCUAGCGUUCGGUCGCGGCUGACGUUUACUGUGCUGCUUUAUGUCACACAUCCAAAACCCAAAUCCUUUUUUUUUUUUCUUCUUCUUCUUUCCUCCAAAAUGUCAUGCCUGAAGUUUGAGCUUUUGUUUCAUUUGUCAGGUUUGAAAUGGUGAUUUUGUAAGGGUGGGGGAGGGGUGAAAAAAAACAUUGCAUGAAAAUAAUGGAGAGAUUAUUGUAUAUAACCUCCUCAGAUCAUUAUUCUACUUUUUUUUCCUUUCUUUUGUAUCCGCUAUCAUCGUUUUAACCCUUUUUUUUUCUUUGAAUGUAAGGAAUACCACCUGGUUGUUGUGAACCAUGUAGCUGCACAGACACGACGUUCCAUUCCUGCGAUAUUUAUAGUUAAAAUAUGGUCUUUGAAUUGUAUAUUUAGUUUGGUUUUAUUUGGGUGUGAAUACAUGUAUGACAACUGAUUUCACAAA